AUCUCCUGACUCAACUUGUCCUCGUUGGUGGAAGUGAUCAUUUAGUAAAAAUGUUCUCAAUGGGCAACGCCAGGUUGUUGAGGAAAGGAGGAGAAUUAUGGAGAGGUGGAAAGCGAGGAACUGGAGCUCCUGGCUCUAGGAAUCAGAGUCCGUCUAGUGCCGCUAAGUCAGCUGCACAACUUCGUCUCUUAGAAGAGGACGAUGAAAAUGAAAGGUCUGGAGGUGGCACGGCCGCAACCUCGUCGGACGAUCAACGACCGGGGAUGCAGCUGCAAGAACACAGUAGAAGAACUGCUCGUGCUUCUGGUCUGUCUUCAAGGGCUUUCGCGCUUGAUGAUGACGUUGGCGGGGGUGAGCAAAAUCAAGAACUGGAGAGACGACGACGUCCUCGCUUCGCAGAUCUUUCUGUCGACGUCACUGCGUCAGAUCAUAUUCCUCCUGAAGGGCAAACCUCUGUUGUUGAGAACGAAGCUGAAAAUGAUGAUGACAACGUUCUCGCCGAUCUUCUCGAUGCUCCGCCUGGCCGCGUCCCACCUGGAGGUUCUACAACAAGUUCUCGAGCACUUCUAAGUCAUCAAAUAGCCACAUCUCCAAUGAGCUCAGCACCUACUUCUCCGGCACAGUCGCCUGUGAGUAGAGCAAGGUCGUCGUCUGGGAAUGCUUUGGAAAGCGUGUUGAGUCUUCUUGCCGGUGGUGCUGGUACUUCACCAACAGCAGCAUCCUCGAGAAGAACGAGAGCAUCAGCAAGCGGUUCUCCUACCAAUAGAGGAGGAGGAACUACCAGUAGUAGAAGCGCAACUUCUACUAGUGCUUUCGCAACCAACACGACCAACAGCAACAAGAACAACAUUAAGAAACAUCCUUCGCGCCGUGUGGAGAUGGUGAGUUCAACUGUUUUAGAGAGUGGUCGUGGAGCUGGGAACAUCCCCUGUAUUGACUUGUCGCACGACGGAUCGUUGCUGGCUUGGACGUGCUUGGAUGGUCGGUUGAGAAUCGCCAGAAUGCAGAGGACACGAGAGAAGUAUCCAGUGACCAUACGAGAUCUGAAGGUAUCUUCUGGCAGUGCGAGCAGUGGAGGUUGUAAUGGUGGGAAUGGUGGGAAUGCAGGACUAGUGAAGGUGGUCGCCAGUCCGGGUAAGAAUGUUGUUGAUCAUGUUCUUCUUGAUAACGGAACCCGAGGAACACCAUCACGUCCUGGACUCCUUCCAAUAACCGGCGCUCCAGGGGACUUGUCAGAAGCACUACUGAAUCAACAACACCUGCUUCAGCAUGGUCAGAUAUUACAAGAUGUUGAAUCGUCGAGUUUAUUACACCUUUCUAGAGGCGGCGACGGGUUGACUAGAAGUAACUUUUCUUCUUCUGAAGCACGUCGUGCGCAAGCAAGAGCCCACGCGAUGUGGUUAGUUCAACAAGCUGAAAACCUGUCCCCGGUCAGUCGCAACAGGGCAAGACAGGGGGCUUUGCUCCUGUUGCAAGAUGGCGAAACGAGCAGCAGUUCCAGCAGCGUGAAUCAGCUGUCUUUGAGGAAUGCAGCGAGCAGUAGUCUAGCUGAAGAAGCACCAGUAGAUGCCUUGCAUGUUGCGGGAGAAGCAGGACUACGAGGAGCAGAGGGAACUUCCAGUGCAUUAGCGACAACAGCAGUAGGCGCUAGCAGCAGUUCUUCUUCGAGGUAUGAUGUUAUUCGGGACGAAGAAGUAGAGGCAAUAGGCGCGGCUGGAGCACCUGAAGUUUCAACAACAAUAGUUGUGGCUGCCUCAAGCGAUAACGAGGACCCUCACAACUUCCCUGGUGACAUGAUUGAUCCCUUAACAGCAACAGGAGAAGAGCGCGAUGAUCCUAGCCUUCCAGAUUCUAGUAUGCCGAUGCAGGCAGUUGCUGCGGUAGAAGCGGAAAUGACUACUAUGACACGAACAGGAGGACUUGCAGGAUCUUCAAGUAGUCGCCCACCUCAAGAUUCCGAAGACGAACAACACCUACAGCAAAAUAGCAAUCACUUCAAUAACAUCACAAGUAAAAACCUAAAUGGAGGUGUAGAUCAAGACUUCGCUGUUUUAGGAGAACUACGUGCCUCCGACCCGCUGUUGCAAGGCAUUAUGGGCGCAUCGUCUGUGUUACCUGGUUUUCGGAGAAUGAUCGAUUGGUUUUGGGUAGUAAAAUUCAUUCCAGCUGCAUCGAUUCCUGUAACCGACCGCUGGAUAUCCGCUAAAAGCAUGCUGCGAGGCGGAGGAGAUUACGCUAGUAGUGGUGGUGAACAAGGCAACACUUCUUCUACAAUAAGCAGUCCAGCAACCACAGGAGGAACUACAGGUGGACCACGAGGCUCAGGAUCACCAAAUGGCGGUGGUGGUCGUGUAAUCGAUAGCCUUUUCGGUAACAUCGUGUCCUCCACACGCGCUCAUCGAUUAGAGAGAAAAAAGUACUGGAACAUAGUCAGAAGCAACAGUAGCGAAAAUACUACAGCAGGAGGUGACGGACUUGGAGGAAGUCCGCUCGCUUUAGGAUAUCAACAUAGCAAUGUGCUGCUUUCAUCGCUAUCCUCCUUGCACCACGACAGAGAUCAUCACAUGUCCUCUGUCUCUCCUCCAGCUGGUAUUUUCGAUUGGACAAAAAUGCCGAGUGGAAGUCGUAUUUUUGAUUGGGCGAGGCGAAAACGGUACCGAAAAAGUGUGGAUCCGGUAGGGAGUAGAGGCAGUAGCGAGACACAGAGUAAAGCAUCAUCUCCUCAAGAAGGUGGAGAAGGAGGAGGGCUUGGGGGAGGAGCAGGUUUACAAUCUGAGGGGAGUGUCGCCGCUGUAAGCAGCAUAGGCACUGACAAUAGAGCAAAAGUCGCUUCUACGACCCCUGACUCGCGGCUCGCAUUGAAGAAUGAGCCUACUUCGUCUGCUUCUCGCAAUCUACUUGUCAGUAGGGCACAAGCUAUUGUACUGCACCAAGAGCCACAAGUGCCUGAGAAGAGUACUAGUAGGGAGGCAACGGAAUUAUAUACCACUGGCAGUGGCAACAAUCUCCAUCUUCUUCUGUCCCACCACAUUUUCGUGUUCUUUGAUGCUCGCACCUGUGUCUCACGUUUCGCUGGCGUCUCUGCUGCCUGGAGAGAAGCAGUAGAGCGGAGACUACAAAUAGUCCAAGCAGAAACGCCUAUUCUUCAACUAGGUCCAUCUCUUCUCGAAAGCAACACAAGGUCCUCGUUGGAUGGGUCCUCGACAACAACAUCUUCUUUGUCCAGACUGCUAGAAGAACAGCUCGUUGCAGUGGUUUCGGGACGCCAAUUCCGAUUGUAUGCUGUAGAACCUCUUAGAGUUUGCAGAUACGAGUAUGGGGUUGUUGAAGGAAGAGAAGCGACUUCUGGAGCACUCGAAGAUAGGAGUGCUCCUGAAGAACACAACGUUCCUGAAGAACACGAUGUUGUAGGUGUAGUUAGCAAUCAAGAGGACAACUCCGCUUCUGCCGUGGCUGUUCCAUCGACCGUCUUCGGAGAUAAAAAAACUUCAACAUCAACAUCAACUCCUUCUGUGCAAGAGAUGAUGAAACUCGUUCUGCUCGAACGCGACAUGCCUGAUAGGGUACGCUUCAGGAUGAAAGCGAGUCUUCCUCUCUGCGGCAAAGGGUUUCCUUUAGACACGCCAGGAAGUUUCUCAGCGUUAGUUCCUCUUAGUACUACUGUGUUGACGAGUGGAAGUUCUUCUGCUUCUUCAUCCGGAGGUGGAGGUCAAGGUCUGUUUGUCCUAAAGCCUAAUCCGAUUUCGCGCUUGUCAGUUUUGCAUUUAGUCAGUGUGAAACGGGUCAAGUACAGUUUGCGGUACGAGUGUGCGCUGACGACGGUGAAAGCAGCGAAGAAGCCGGUUGUAGGGUGUUGUGUAGUGGCUGGGGCAGUCUUUGCAAUCACGAUGGAUGGGGUGCUCAUGGAAUAUGAACUCGGUGGGAGUUUUUAGUGUGAAAUUCAAUCUGUGUCGGUUUCUCUCAGAUUUAAUUUGGAUUAAAUUGCAGUAGGGUAGGAGCGGGUACUUUUUAUUCUCUUGGCUGUGUUGUGGUGAAACUACAAUUAGAAGGCGAAGCGCCUCCUCUGCGGCAGCACGAAGCGCCUCCUCUGCGGCAGCACGCCGCUGCAGAACGUAACAAGGAUUUGAGUUUUUUCAUCUUAUUCUUGGAUUCUCGUAAUUCUUGGAUCUUAUUCUUGGAUUGUCUUUGUGUGAACUUUUCUUGCGACAUCAAUCUAUUGAAUUGUCUCUUGCUUGCUUUGCUCAUGUCCUUGUCUUCAUUCGGAUUCUCAAUCCUGCUUUUCAUCUUCUUAUUGGCAUGACCGCCGGGUCGUGUCUACUUCAAAAAUUCAAGUAUAGUUUUUCUAAUAGAAGCUUACACCAUUCGACGUCCAGUACGUUGUAGGCAGAAU